AAGCGCGGAAUAUCAGGACAGUUUAUUCACACAGAGAUCGCUGGCACACAGACUGCCGAAUAUUAACCGAGCCGGUCGCUGUCGUCAUUGCUGUCCGGGAGAAAACCUUGCAAUGAUCUUGCUGGACUGGAAUUUCAACGUUUUGACCAGGGACCUGUCGUAUUAUCUGGAGAAUCAGGUGAAAGUAGGAAUAUUCGGUUCGGGAGUCGGACUGUCUCUGGUGCUGGGCUUUAGCGCCGCAUACACCUGCUACUAUUUGAUUUCAGUAGCGAAGAAACCGCAGCUCGUGUCAGGGGGUAAGAAGUUCUACCAGUUUCUGAGGGAGCAAUGUCCAGUAGUGUCAGAGACCUAUUAUCCCACGUUUUGGUGCUGGGAGAGUCGCAUCCAGACCCUGCUGAGACCCUUUGUUACCACUAAACCUGGGGUCACCUACAGGAAUGAGCUUAUUAGGGCAGCAGAUGGAGGACAGAUCUCUUUGGAUUGGUUUGACAAUGACGACAGCUUCUUCCACCCCAAUCCUGCCACCAGACCCACAGUUCUCCUUCUCCCCGGACUGACUGGCACUAGCCGAGAGUCCUACAUCCUCCACAUGGUCCAGCAGAGCCGGGACCUGGGCUAUAGGUGUGUGGUAUUCAACAACAGAGGGGUUUCUGGUGAAACACUGCUGACUCCCAGGACGUACUGUGCAGCCAACACAGAAGAUCUGGAAACUGUUAUUGAGCACGUCCAGAGGACCAACAAAGCUGCUGCAGUCAUGGCUGCUGGAGUAUCAAUGGGCGGGAUGAUGCUGGCCAACUACUUGGGACGCAAGGGCAGGGAAACUUGCCUGAAGGCGGUUGUCAUUUUCUCAGCAGGCUGGGAUGUAUUUGAGUGCACGGCGUCCCUGGAGAAACCCCUGGAUCGUUUCCUCUUUAACUCCUACCUCACAGGCUGCCUACAAGCUGCUGUGCACAGACACAGAGGAGUGCUUGAAAAGUGCUACGACAUUGAUCAUGUCAUGAAGGCAAAGACUAUCCGAGAGUUUGACGAGAGGUUCACCUCCGUAAUGUUUGGAUAUCCGACCAAUGAAGACUACUAUCAUGAUGCCAGCCCGGUCCACAAGCUCAAAUCCGUGCAGGUGCCAAUGCUGUGUCUGAACGCUGCUGAUGAUGUCUUUUCUCCUUCUCACGCCAUUCCAGUUGAAGCUGUGAAGCAGAACCCCAACUUGGCCCUGCUCAUCACGUAUCGUGGUGGCCACAUUGGGUUCCUGGAGGGACUGUGGCCCCGCCAGAGCACUUACAUGGACCGAGUCUUCAAGCAGUUUGCUAAGGCAGUCAUCGAACAGGGCAGUCGACUCAGAGACCUUUCGUGAUAGGAGAACUUCAAAAUGUGUUUGUCUGAUUUUACUUCGUUACCUUGUCGUUCUGUCCUGUCCUCUUCUGUACCAUUUUCUUAUUUUACAGCUAUUUUCUCUUCAUUUCUUGUCCAACCUCCGUCUUACCUUUCUGGCCUCUCUAUCAACAAGAUUGUCAUUUUCUUUGUUUGACCUUUGUUUGCUUUGUCUCUUCUCUCUUGUCCUCCUUAUUGUGUCCCAUCCUUCAGUCCUGUCAACUUAAUCCCUUUCAGUUUUGAGUUUUUACACCUGUUUGUAGUGGUAGCAGGUGGGUGUUUUGUUUUCAUCACCAUGAUUCAAUCCUUCCAUAUUCAUUGGUUCGAUUUGGACAAAAAUUUGGUGGAAUGAUUUAAGCCAAUGUUACAGAGAAUAGAUUUUUGGGAAAAAUCAAUUAAAAGUCAAGGUCGCAGGCCAAGGUUAAACUUUAGACCCAAUGCUUAAAAAGUAUGGCUAUUUUGACAAAUUUAUUAAUGAAACAGCUAUGGCUACUAUGAACAACUAAUAUAAAGUUAUUUCUAUUGGCCACAUGACUUUUGACCUUGGGUGACUUCGAAAGGUUAACCACAAGGUCAGAACUGUUUAACUCAAACAGUUUGGAACCAAUAUGGAUUAAACACAGUAGAAAGGUUGUGUAUCAGUCAGUAAGAAAUGAGCAAGAACAGCAACCCCUCCACUAUCCUGGAGAUGCAUCCUCUGCAAAAUAUCCAAGAGUCUGCCUCUCCAGGAUAGGACACAUCGCACUCCAGUGGAGUCACAGAAGAAGGGAUCACCGUCACCCAAAAGAUGCACCAUCAUAAGCUAAGCCACAUAAAGUUUUAAUUUAGGAUAAAACUGGGCAAUGGUCUAAGCUACACAAAGCUACAG